AUGUCUACUGUCACAGCUCUUGAGAUGUCUCGCCCCCCGUACGACUCGGCGCUUCAAUCCAAACUCGACGCUUUCGAUCUCUCCCUCUUCGAUACCAUCGACAAGAUCCGAGCCGUCUCCUGUGCAUUCUCUGCCGAAACCGUCCUUGCUGGGGUUCCGCACAUGCAACAUACAGAAUAUGUUGCUGAUUCCUCCGAUGGCCCAGUCACUCUCUCCGUGUUUAGUGGCAUGUCAUCCACAAACCGCUCCCGACCGGCGGUGUACAUUAUCCAUGGCGGUGGUCAAAUAGCCGGCAACCGAUUUAUCGCGCUAGACAGCCUAAUCCGCUUCUUUGAAGGUAUAGAUAUCGUCGCAAUAUCUGUCGAAUACCGUCUAGCCCCAGAACAUCCAGCCCCGGCGGCUUUGAACGACAGCUAUGCCGGGCUAGUCUGGGUAGCGGAUCACGCAGCCGAGCUUGGAAUUAACCCAGCUCAAAUCAUGAUUCUGGGUGGCUCCGGUGGUGGCCCCAUCGCAGCAGGAUGCUCCUUGCUUGCGCGGCAGAAUCAGCACCCAACGCUAAACCUUCUUGCCCAAAUGCUACUCACGCCUAUGCUGGAUGACCGAGGUCAAACGGCGUCAGCGAAGCAGUUUGAGCAUGUUGGGCCGUGGUGUGGAGUCAUUAACCAGAUGGCGUGGGACUGUGUCCUUGGACCGGACAGACCGGAGCAAGUUGAUUACCUGGUUGCACCUGCACGUGCGACGGACCUGACGGGUUUACCGCCGACGUUUAUUGAUGCAGGAGAGGCGGAAGUGUUUCGGGAUGAGGCCGUUGCGUAUGCGUCGCUAUUGUGGAAGUGUGGUGUCUCUACUGAGCUUCACGUCUGGAAGGGGGCAUUUCAUGGGUUCGAUAUGGAGAUAACUGGUGUAUCGGAGGAUAGCCAAGCUGCAGUAGCGAGGGCCUCGAUUGCUGCAAAGAAAUCUUGGAUCAGGAGAGUCUUCAAAGUGGAUCAGUAG